CGCUACGUGGUCCAUUUCCAGUCCAGUCUCCAACAACGCCGGAGGCACGCAACGAAUGGGCGCGCGUGGGGGAGAGGCGGAGGCCGCCGUGAGGGCGGGGAGGAGCGGAGCGGCGGCGCCGGGGAUGAGGGUGUUCUCGCCCGAGUACUACGCGCUGUGCGCCGGCGGCGGGAUGCUGGCCGCCGGCGCCACCCACCUCGCCAUAACCCCGCUCGACGUCCUCAAGGUCAACAUGCAGGUGAAUCCCGUGAAGUAUAACAGUAUAUUUUCAGGACUGAACGUUCUUGUGAAAGAAGAGGGGCCUUCAUCGCUUUGGAGAGGCUGGGGAGGCAAAUUUUUUGGCUAUGGUGUUCAGGGUGGCUGCAAGUUUGGUCUUUACGAGUAUUUCAAGAAGAGAUACUCUGAUGUGCUAGUAGACAGGAACAAGAGCACCAUAUACUUUCUUAGCAGUGCCUCUGCUCAAAUCAUAGCUGAUGUUGCCCUCUGCCCAUUUGAAUCGGUGAAAGUCCAGGUGCAGACACAACCCAUGUUUGCAAAAGGCUUGGUCGAUGGCUUUCCAAGGGUGUAUGCCACUGAAGGCCUGUCUGGCUUUUACAGGGGGCUUUUACCACUUUGGGGACGGAAUCUUCCAUUUUCUAUGCUUAUGUUUUCAACAUUUGAGCAUACCGUGGAUUUCCUAUAUCAGAAAGUUAUUCAAAAGAAAAGGGAGGAUUGCUCAACAGUCCAGCAGCUUGGUGCUACUUGUCUGGCUGGUUACAUCUCUGGUGCUGUUGGUACCAUUGUUUCAAAUCCUGCAGACAAUAUUGUCUCAUCUCUGUACAACAAAAAAGCUGAAAAUAUCAUACAUGCUGUGAAAAGCAUUGGACUUCGUAAUUUGUUCACGAGAAGCCUGCCCAUUCGGAUCACCCUUGUUGGACCUGUCAUAACCAUGCAGUGGUUCUUCUAUGAUACAAUCAAGAUACUGACUGGAUUGCCAACGAGUGGAGGGCUCCCCCGUGAACUGGAAGAAGUUAACAUAUAAUCUGACCAAUUUCAGAUAGGUUUCUUGAUACAUUUUUUGGUAUCAUUUGGGCAAGUACCUGUCCACGGUUCUGACUAUAUGGGAAGAGUAAAUUUUGGUAGUUUUAGGGAACUACCAACUGACCCAAGUACAUCACGUCCAAUAUUUCUGCAACUACAUAUGAAAAUUUUCUGCCUUGCCUUGUAUGUUUUUCCUUAUCUUAAGCAACAAUAAACUUCAGCCCCCCUCCAGGUACAAGCGGACAGCGUUGUAGCCGGUUGGUUCUUCACCAGCGUAUUCAGGAUGCUUUUGUUCUAGGCUUCUAGCUCCAUUUCAAAAACUGUUGUAUAAGGAAAGUAUGCACUUCUAAUGUAAGCACGUGGCCUUGUACUGUAAAUAAUUUUGUGAAGGACAAAACUCUGAAGCUUAAUUUCUGUGUUAUGUUGCUGCUCUUGAUUUUCUUUUCAAUCAAACUGUUGACAUAUCUUGAAGGGAUUCAACUUAGGUGGUAGCUGUGUAACUUAUGUGUUUUCAGCUGCAAUGGCAACAGCUUCCUUAACUUUCCACACUAUUUUUGCAAUCGUUGAACUAAUCCUUUUGUUCAGUUACUGCAUCAACAAUGUUCUUGAUCCAUUGCAUAGAUUCUUACAAUAUUCUCAAACAAAAGGUAAACAGAACAUAACAAAUAUGUACCUGAUGCCUAGACAGGGUCUUAUUACAAUCGCAGUGCGCAUGAAAUUAUUUUCAAUCUGGAAAUUCAAAAUUAUGCAAAUUACACGCUAUCUGAAACCUGGAACAUGAUAUCUGCAGCCAGGUUCACCGCAGCUACUACUGGGAGAUCUUCACAUCCGGGUUGCGCAUUGGCUUGAGCCACAUGUCAGCCAUCACCCUCGACGACAUGCUCCACAGCGCCUCAUGCCCUGCCUUCGCUGCCGCGGCAGGCCGGCUCUUCCUGCCGGC